UCCUCCAUAAAUAGAAGCCCGAGCGCGAGCGACGUAAAAAACAAGAGUUUGACAGCCAAACUUCCACUGUUAUAUCUUACAUUUAAAUGGAACGUGAAGCGUACCGUCCUCAGGAGAAGAGCGGAAGGAAACGCUGUAUUAUUUUCGGUGUCGUCGCUGGGCUGAUUCUGAUUGUUGUUGUCGCAGUUGUGUUGGGACUGGCGCUGCGGCCGAACACAGACACGCUGAAGGCUACUUUCAUUGCAAGGUGUAAGGAGUUCAAGGGAUACGACUGUGAAAAGCUGUGGGGUGCAUUCGAACAAGCCUAUGUGGGGCGGGACCCUUGUGCAGUUCCCCCGGAAGCCUAUGACCCUUUCAUUGCUGCAGCCGACUUCAAACCUGCAUGCAACAGACUGAUGUUCUGGAGCAAAACGAAGGAUGUGGUCCAUGACUUCACUGAGAAGAAGAGAGAUUGUUUUCUCACGGUGGAGGACACUGUGUUGGGAUCUGUGCUGAAUGGUCUGACCUGGUGUGGAAAGGAGGGUAGCACCGAAACAUUCACUACCGACUGCCCAGGAUGGAGAGACUGUGUGAACAACACUGUUGGUUCAUUCUGGAACAGAGUCUCAGCUGCUUUUGCAGAUGCUGCCUGUGGUGAUGUCACAGCAAUGCUAAACGGAGACAUCGACACACCAUUCAAUCCUACAAGUAUUUUUGCGACCAUCGAGGUGAAGAGGUUCGACUCCUCCAAGGUGAAAAGCCUGACUGUUGUUCUGGUCACAAAGAAGAGUGCUGUGACAAACUGUACAAAUGCAUCUUUAGAGGAUUUACAGAGAGAGCUGAAACAAGGAAUUACAUAUAAUUGCAAGGACGUGACUGAAGUUCAGCUCCAGGAGUGUAGCUCCAAUCCUGAGAGACCCUGUGGAGCCUGUUGGUGAAGACAUGUGAACUAAUUAUCAAAUUAUAUGAGACACAAUAAUAACCAGCUGUUAAAAAAGAAGAAGAAAGAAAUAAGAAAUAAUAUGCUAUUGCAGAAUAUUCUUUUUGUACCUGUGGGCCAGUUUGACUUAAUGUGAAAUGUUUUUUGUUUGUUUUUUAUAUAGAAAUGUCACUGAUAAUUUUUUUUACAAUAUGACAAUGCACCUUUUUAUUGAAUCUAAAAAAUCUGUGGUAACAUGCCAUGUACUGUAGGCCAGGGUAAAGUACCAGUGCUGCUAUCUAGUUAUAUUCAACUGAACGACCAUCACUCCCACCUGCUGGCACAAUGAAAUGUUUUGAAAUGAAAUGUGACAAUAUGAGGUUGUGAAAUUGCCUUUGGAUUCUCAAGGAGUGAUUGUCUGGUUGAAAUAACGUUUUUUUUAUUUUUUUUUGGUUUACAGCUUAAAAAACUGGACCUUUGACACUUGAUUACCAUCUUACAUAACUUAAUUAAAUGUUAAAUAGUUAUCCAAGUUAUCUAUUUGUACAACAACAACACCACUGAGGGUUCCAUAUUCAAGGAUUGCACGUUAUGGAACACUUUGUACCAGUUGAUUUUGAGAUUAAAAAAAAAUAUGAACAAGACCAUUUUAUCCUGA